AUUCACUUUUCAUUUACAACUCCCAAGUGCGGCAAUUCUAUAGGUCGCAUUUCACCAUCAAGAUAUCCCAUUUGUAACAUUGUAUCACUAUGCCAAAGGUCGUUUCACGUUCAGCGGUCUCCUCAUCCACUGACGCCCAGCCAACCGAAUCCUCCGCUGCUGCCCUCAAAGUCUACUAUUGUCUCUGCGGAGAGUUCAUCCUGGUCAUAGAUAAGAGUCUUGCAACCCUUCCUAGGCGCAAGACAGAUGGAGCAAUCAUCAUACGGUCUCAGGAUAGUGACGCCGGCAAAGCGAUAGUUUUUAAAUUGAAUGCCAAUCCCAUUGAUCCUGUGCUCUUGGAAAGAAAAGGAGGACACGAGCGACAGUACAGGUUUUCGUGCCCGCGCUGUCAACUAUUGGUCGGGUAUCAGUCUACACCACCACCUGUCAAAACAGGACCCUAUCUAUAUAUUUACAGUGGGGCCCUUACACAAACGCAAGGUCAAGUACCUCAUGAUGCUUUUGACGGCGAGAAUGCAUAAUCUUCCUAAAACACAUAGCAUUGCACAUCUUCAUAUCUUACAUCUGCCAUAUCACCGAUUGGAUCUCAAUAAACAAGGGACAUUGAUGCAUAACU